UGAAAGUUAGUGUUUGUGUGCAUGCAUAUAGUAACGAGGGAGGUGAUGAGGAAGAGAGAAGAGACGGUGGGUGGAAAGGCGACGGAGAAAGCAAAAGAGAAGAGAGAUGGGGCGGAGAGUGAGAGAGAUAGACAGAGGGGUGUAGAAACAAUUGGUCAAAGAUCAGUUUCAAGUUCAAAACCCAACAUAUUCUCUAAGUUUUAUAAAAAUAUAUAUAUAUAUAUAUACACAAAAUAAAUAUAUAUUUUUAUAUAUGGUUUGUCCAGCAGGGGGAGAAAUAUACACGUGGAUAGGGGAUAUCGCCUACUAUAUAUACCAAAUGUGUAUACAUAUAUACGAAUAUAAACGAAACUAAAACAAAAACAUGCUAUACUAUGGCAUUCUUAACCUUCUCAUCACCAUUUUUAUUUGUACAAACUUUUAUUGUCAUACUCCUCAUCAUAUGCUUUUGGUAUUACCCAGAACACCAAAACCAUUUCACCUUCUUCAAUUUCUCCUCCAACACCACCGCCGACACCACCACCACCACCACCACCACCACCACCGCCAACACCACUUCUAACCUUUCACAUACCAACCCACAAACCCAUCAUCAUUAUUCUUCUGCUAACCAAAAUAAAAGAAAGAGUAGAUUAGACAAGGUUGAAGAAGACUUGGCUAGAGCGCGAGCCUCCAUUCUUAAAGCAGUUCGUUAUCGAAAUUAUACAUCAGAUAAGGUGGAGAGCUUCAUACCCAGAGGAUGUGCUUAUAGAAACGCUUAUGCUUUUCAUCAGAGUCACAUCGAGAUGGUGAAGAGGUUCAAGAUAUGGGCCUACAAAGAAGGAGAUAGACCUUUGUUCCAUAGUGGGCCCAUGAAGCAUAUCUAUUCCAUUGAGGGCCAUUUUAUCGAUGAGAUGGAAAGUGGGAAAAGCCCAUUUAUGGCCCAUCAUCCUGAUGAGGCCCAUGCAUUUUUCUUGCCUGUAAGUGUGGCUAACAUUGUGGAGUACAUCUACUUGCCCAUCACCUCCUAUGAUCGGGAUCGAUUGGUUCGUGUUGUUACCGAUUAUGUGAAGAUUGUAGGUGAUAAAUACCCAUACUGGAAUAGAAGCUCUGGGGCUGACCAUUUUAUGCUCUCUUGUCAUGACUGGGCACCAGAAGCUACACACGAUGAUCCUCACCUCUUCAAGAAUUUCAUAAGAGUUCUAUGCAAUGCCAAUACCUCAGAAGGGUUCAAACCCUUAAGAGACGUUUCUUUACCAGAGUUGAACUUAUCCCCUUAUUGGGAGCUUAGCAAGCCCAGUUUUGCCCAACCUCCUGAUAACAGAACUGUACUUGCCUUCUUCGCCGGUGGUGCUCAUGGAUACAUAAGGCAAAUUCUGUUUGAUCAUUGGAAAGAAAAAGACGAUGAAAUUCAAGUCUACAAGGACCUUCCUAAGGAUCUGAAUUAUGACAAAAUGAUGGGCCAGAGCAAGUUUUGCCUGUGCCCAAGUGGGUAUGAAGUUGCAAGUCCCAGAGUGGUAGAAUCAAUCCAAGCAGGGUGUGUCCCUGUGAUUAUUUCAGACCAUUAUGCUUUACCCUUCAGUGAUGUUCUUGAUUGGAGCAAGUUUUCAUUGCAUAUUCCAUCCAAUAGGAUACCAGAAAUCAAGAAAAUCCUCAUAAGUGUUCCAUAUAGUAGGUACUUGAAAAUGCAGGAAAGAGUGACAAAAGUUAGAAGGCAUUUUCAAUUGAAUAGGCCUGCUAAGCCAUUUGAUGUGUUUCAUAUGGUGCUUCAUUCGGUGUGGCUUAGAAGGCUUAAUAUUGGAAUACUACAUUAGUUAUUAGGAUGAGCAUUUGUUCAUAAUAUAUAUAUAUAUAUAUAUAUAUACAUGCACACACACAGAAUUUAUCAUGGCAUAUAUUGAGUAAAGAAUGCCAUGUAGUUGAUAACAUCUGAUAUCUCGUUUCGUUAAAUUUUUUGCCAAUUUACUAAUCAAUAUUGAUCUUUCUCAAAAAGAAUAUGUUACACAAAUUAGUUUCUUAACUCGUUCACAAGAGGUUCGCAACUACUGGUAUAUCCUCUGUAUUGUUACUAUUUCUCACCUUAUUAAGCAUUGUGGUUUUCAUUGUUAGUCACAUUAUAUUCUUAUCUUCUAAGCUUGAAGUUGUAUA